AUGGACGAGGACUUGCUCGACUCCGACGACUCCGACGGCAUGAAUCAGAUGUCAUACGACAACGUCGAUACAUUCCACUACUGCCACUAUGACGGCUGCAACCCGCACCACAUGCAGGUUCCGUACAACGACUACCGGAGAGAGGAGAAUCCCUAUGAGCAAAGCCAGGAUGAUGCCUCUACCUCUACUACUACUGAUAGGGUCGUUGGUGGCGUGAGCAAGGUUUAUAAUCAUGAUAGGAACGACGAUCGACUUGCACUUUCUUCGAGGGAGGGAGGGGGCGGUUUGUGGUCCUCUCCUAUAGACCGUCGUUGA